AUGAGAAGGAGGAAAAAGGAAAGGAAGGAAAGAAGAGAACAAAUAAAGGAAGGAGGACGUACUCAUAAGUGUUAUGGUGUUAAAAAUGACAUCAAGAUGGAAAAUAAUGUUGUAGGCAAAUCUUUGGAUGUAGAGGGUAAAGUCAACCCUACCAACCAAGAUCACAUGCCCAACGUUAUUGAUAACAAUUUAGUUCUGAAGUCAACUUCAGAAAUGAAAAACGAAAAUCAAACGAACAAAGCUUCCAUUGAUGCUAUACUUGUUGAAAUUAAUGCUGAUAAUUCCUCAAUACUCUCUGCGUUGAUGAAGGAAUUGUCUAAAGAAGUAGUAGUGGUUGAAGAAGCAUCUGCAUCAAAAUUAAUGUUUAAAGAAGUUAGGAGUGAUGAUGAAGCUUAUGAAAUGUAUAAUGACUAUGCAUUUAGGAAGGGUUUUAGUAUUAGUAAGGGAUUAAUUAGGACUAGUCGUAAAACUGGUUUGUGGAUUAUGCGCAGAUUUCUUUGUUCUAAUACUGGCUUUAAAGAUGUUAAGAAGGAAACAUUGAGGAAGUAUGCGAGGUCUGAAUUGCGUACAUGUUGUACUGCUUUUAUUCAGUUUUCUAUUACCAAUGAUGGUGUUUGGACUGUGGUGAGGCAUAACAUGACUCACAAUCAUCAUAUGAUUCCCGCUGACAAGAGAUACUUGCUUAGGUCUCAAAGAGAUAUUACAGGGGAGCAGCUCAAGUAUCUUAGUGCAAUGAAAGAUAGUGGUUGUAGAGUGUCUGAUUUGCUUCGUGCAAUGAGAAAAGAAGUUGGAGGAUCUCCUAAUUUAGGGUUUAUUACUGCUGAUGCAUACAACGCUUUGGCUGCUGAAAAGGCAAUGAAACUUGAUGGUAAAGACUGUAAUCAGGUAAUUAGGUACGUUGCUCAAAGACAAUCUUCCGAGAGUGAUUUUUAUUACGAUUUUGAGUUAGAUGAACAUGGACAUUUCAUUAGUUUGUUUUGGAGGGAUGGAAGGAUGAAAAGGGAUUAUGAAUAUUUUGGUGAUUUAUUGGUGUUUGAUACGACAUACCGGACAAAUCAGUAUGAUAUGAUAUGUGCACCAUUUGUUGGAAUGAAUCAUCAUUGCAAUAAUGUUGUUUUUGGUUUGGGGUUCCUAGUUAAUGAGCGUAUUCCUUCUUUUAUUUGGUUGUUUGAAUCUUUUUUGCGAUCAAUGGGUGGUGGAAUACCCCAAACUAUAAUGACAGAUCAAGCUCCUGCCAUUGCUGCUGCUAUUAGGGAUGUGUUUCCGGGUGCUAGUCACCGUUUGUGUACAUGGCAUCUUGGAGAGAAUUAA